UCCAAGGAUUCAGUUCACUCCGUGCAGCAAACUCCGUUUGGCCGUGCGUGCAAGCGUGCGUCCGUGCACCAAUAAACACUUCAAUGGCUUUCCAAGAGAAUUUUAAACACGAUGACGAGGAGAUGUUGGCAGAUCAAAGUUUUAAAACUGCCAAAAGCGACGAUGAACACAAUGAAAUCCUCACGGAGAGAGAACCGGACGAAGAUGAAGACGAAGGUCAAGAAAAAAACGAUUCAAGUUUAAGACAGCAAAGCUCUACCAGUGAAAACCGAAGACAAUCGUCUAUGUCCAAACCACCCUACUCCUACAUCGCUCUGAUCACAAUGGCUAUUCUGCAAUCACCGCAAAGAAAACUCACCCUAAGUGAAAUCUGCGACUUCAUCAAGCGCCGUUUUCCGUAUUACCGCGAAAAGUUCCCCUCGUGGCAAAAUUCCAUAAGGCAUAACCUCUCUCUGAACGAUUGUUUCAUGAAAAUGCCGCGCGAACCGGGAAAUCCUGGCAAAGGAAACUACUGGACAUUGGAUCCUGCCAGCGAGGGAAUGUUCGAUAACGGCAGUUUUCUGAGGAGGAGGAAAAGAUUUAAGAGACCGCGGCCACCUGAGGGAGCCGUCAGCGCCUUUGGGUUUCAGUACUACUGGAAUUGCAUGGACUCUUCAAGCUGGCGACCGCCUCUGUACUCACAUUUCUCAGUUCCAAGGUACCUGACAUGUUUACCGCCAGCUCUCGGCAGAUCAACAGACCCGCCUGUGUCAAGAGAAAGGCAAAGACCUGCAAAAUUCUCCAUCGCGAGUAUCAUCGGCUCGGAGACGGAAGAACACCGACCGCCGAAUAGCAAAGUAAGCCCUUCCUUGUCGUGUUGUUCUAACGUGCGUUCGAGUUACAGCAACACUGUUAGACCUUGCAUUGUAUCACCAAGUUCCUACUGUACAUACUGCAGCCAAAUGGCUGGGAAACGGUAGAACAAUUCUCUGAUUGAGUGAACUAUGCGGCACUGUAGUGUUUCUGGAUAAUUUCAGUUACUCUCCAAAGAUGUGGUAAGGGAAAUGUCUAUUAUUCUACAUAUAUGACUGUCAUUUCUGAUCGUUUAAUGAUCAGUUUUGAGGAGAAAGUUUAUAUUAAGAAAUGUAAAAGGAAAAUUGUUGAAACAACUAUGAUCGAGAAUUUAUCAAAGGAAAAUCACAGUACUUCCUUAUGAAAUAAUUGAGGAAAAUUUUUGAAUCAUAAAAACCUGUGAUACAGUCGUCUUGUUUCUUAAGAUUUUAUUUUUGACGUUUCACUGCUGUAGAAUAUCCCAAAGAAAACGAAUGGUGAAGUAGAUUGUUCUUGAGAGGCUAACCCACUAUAUUAUCAAAGCAAUCAAGUAAAAAAUUCCAGAAUAAAAUCAGCUACGGCGUGGGAGUUGACGAAAUGAACGAAAGCAGUCUUUUAAUUUCGAAUACCGUUGCAGAAGAACCAGUUUCUAUUUGAAGUAAAUGAAAUAGAUAAACUGUAAUUUUAACCGUGCAACCGUUCAGAAUUUAGUGAAUUGUGUAAAUAAAAAAGUGAUUGUGAAACAAUACUUAAAGCCCUCGAAA